AUGACAUCUAUAAAACCUUUUAAAAUGGAGGAUCUUUUCGAGAUCAAUCCAGUUAACUUAGACCCGUUUACGGAAAAUUUCAAUCUCCUGUUCUACUUUCAAUACUUGUGCGACCAUCCACAACUUUUCUUCAAGUCUGUAGAGCCUGUGGCACCAGACUUCCCAGACAUCAGCGGCUACAUGAUGGGGAAAACAGAAGGCCAAUUAAGCAAGAAAGAAUGGCAUACACACAUCACGGCAGUCACUAUCAACUCUGACUAUCGUCGGAUUGGAUUGGCCUCCGAUUUAUGCUUGCAUUUAGAACGCAUCACUGCAGUCAAACCCUAUGAAACUUUAUUCAUUGAUCUCUUCAUGAAAGUAACAAAUAAUGUGGCUCGACAGCUCUAUGAAAAGUUGGGGUAUUCGAUCUACCGCAGAGUGGUAGGAUACUAUGGUUCGGUAUAUCCUACAGACAGAAACGCCAUAAGUGACGAUGACGCAUUUGACAUGCGCAAGGCACUACCCUGUGACACUAAAAAGGAAACUGUAAGGGAAAACGGCCAAAACCAUUACGUUUUGCCACAAGAAGUUGUCUUUUGA